AUGCAGAGACUGUGGAAGUUGAAGUCCAACGACCAGAAACCCUAUGAAUGGGACAAGCCGCUCCCACAGAAACUUCAAGACGAUUGGAAGCAAUUUCAUGCUACACUUUACGCCCUCGAUCAACUCCGAAUUCCACGGUUUGUUGCACUACCAGCCGCUUCCAGUGUCGAGCUUCACUUUUUCUGCGAUGCAUCGGAAUCCGCAUAUGGUGCUUGUUGCUUUGUUCGUUCCGAGAAAGCGGACGAUGUCAAAGUCCAGUUACUGACAUCAAAGUCGAAGGUGGCUCCAAUUGCUACAAAGCAUUCCAUCGCUAAACUUGAGUUAUGUGCAGCUGUAUUGGCUACCAAGUUGUAUCACAGGGUGAACCAUGCCAUCAAAAUCCCCUCCAAGGUGUUCUUCUGGUCCGACUCGACUACCGUUCUUCAAUGGUUAAAAUCAUCACCGAAUCGUUGGAAGACGUUCGUAGCCAACCGCGUCUCCACCAUACAAACCUCUACAGAAGGAUGUAUCUGGCAACAUGUGCCGGGUGCAGAGAACCCCGCAGAUGAAUUAUCCCGCGGUCUACCGCCAGCAGAACUUCUAGCAGGAUCAAGAUGGUGGAACGGCCCAGUUUGGCUAGCUCUUGCUCCAUGUCAUCGACCACACUCAGUUGUUCCAGAAGAUGAAGCAUCCGCCGUCAUAGAAGAAGCUCGGAAGGUCGCUUUAGUUUCAUUAGCUACAUCCACGGCCACCUUUGCUGAUCACCUGUUUACCCGAUUCUCCUCGUACACAAAGCUGCGUCGGGUGGUAGCGUAUUGUCUGAAGUACAUCCGUUCACUGAAAGCCACGACCCAACAAUCCACCGGUGAACCAACCAGCGUUCUCACCACAGCUGAGUUAACAGCAGCAGACCAUGCACUAGCACGCUUAGCCCAAGCCCAGCUUUACUCGGAGGAGUUAGCCGGUCUAAAUGUACCAUCUAGCCACAAUGAAAUCCUGAAGUCAUCCCCACUAAGAUGGUUGAAACCCUACAUAUGCAAAGACGGUAUUAUUCGCGUCGGAGGACGCCUAUCGAAUGCCGAGGUUCCAGAGAGCAUUAAGCAUCCGAUCGUCAUUUCCGCCAAGCACCCACUGGCCGAACUGAUAGCCAACCAUCACCACAAGAUUCUUCUCCAUGCUGGUCCGAAAUUGAUGCUUUCAACAAUUCGACAAAAAUACUGGAUCGUUGGCGCUAGAAACCUGGUUCGUCGCACAUAUCAUCGGUGUAUCAUAUGUUUCAGACAAAAGCCAAUUCUCGUCCAACAAGCAACAGCUGAUUUGCCCACAUCAAGAGUAACGCCAGCACGCCCAUUCUCAAUUAGUGGCGUUGACUAUUGUGGUCCAGUGUUUCUGAAGUCACCAGUACGUAAUCGAUGUCCAACCAAAGCGUACAUUGCUAUCUUUGUCUGUUUUGUCACUAAAGCCGUCCAUAUCGAGUUGGUCUCCGAUCUGUCGACCCCGGCUUUCAUAGCAGCCCUUCGUCGAUUCGUUGCUCGUCGCGGUCGUAUCUGUGAGCUUCACUCCGAUAAUGGCACCGCAUUCAAAGGAGCAGCCAACAAACUCCACCGCAUCUACGAAAUGUUGAAGUCAAUUGAUGGUGACAGAAUCCAAAUCCUGAAUUGGUGUGGUGAAAACGAGAUCCAGUGGAAAUUUAUACCGCCUCGUGCCCCACACUUCGGAGGACUUUGGGAGGCAGCGGUAAAGUCCGCCAAGCAUCAUCUGUUACGCGAGAUCGGCACGUUAGCAUUAGCCAGGAAGAUAUGCUAA